AAAACCUUGCAGCGCAGUAUAACAGCGUUAGAUACUGUAUAGGCUACAUAGUCUAUGUGCUUUGGGAUAGGAUACGCGCGGGCGCCUGAUUUCCUAGUCUUUUUUCAUAUUGUACGUCUUAAAAGGAUGCACCCUCGAUGUACUUGGUGACCUUUGUUAGUCCUUUAUUGCUGACGAAGGAGUCUAUGAUUCACACUCUUGCCGCAGCUAUGAGCAACCAACUUCCAAACACCUCUUCUCUUAAUUCGCUGAACUGGAAUUUUCAAGACGGUAGAAACUCAUCGCUCGUCAGAGCCUCUGAUCUGCGGCAACUGCCUGUUAGCCCGUGGGACAUCGCACUGUGUGUCACUGGGACGCUCAUAUCUUGCGAAAAUGCCAUUGUAAUUGCCAUUCUUUUCUACACUCCUACCCUCCGAGCGCCUAUGUUCAUUCUCAUAGGGAGCCUUGCCUUUGCAGAUCUAUUAGCGGGACUUGGCCUGAUUCUGAAUUUUGUUUUUAUCUACAUGCUGAACUCAGAAUUUAUUUCUCUCAUCUCCGCCGGACUACUAAUCGCUGCUUUUUCUGCGUCUGUGUGUAAUAUACUGGCUAUAACCAUUGACAGGUACCUGUCUUUAUACAACGCACUGACCUACCACACGGAAAGGACGGUAACUUUCACCUACAUGAUGUUGGUUUUCAUCUGGCUAGUCUGCAUUAGUUUGGGAUUGCUACCGUUGAUGGGCUGGAACUGUUUGGACAACGAGUCGUCCUGCAGCGUACUUAGACCCGUGACCAAAAACAAUGCCGCCGUCCUGGCAGUGACAUUCCUGCUGAUAUUCGCUCUAAUGAUGCAGCUGUAUCUCCAGAUCUGCAAAAUUGCCUUCAGACACGCACAGCAGAUUGCAGUCCAGCAUCAAUUCAUGGCCACAUCCCACGCCUCCUCAACUACUAAGGGGGUGUCGACCUUGUCCAUUAUUCUGGGGACCUUCGCUUUGUGCUGGAUCCCUUUCGCCAUGUAUGCCCUGGUGGCAGACUCAAGCUACCCCAUGAUUUACACCUAUGCCACGGUCCUGCCUGCUACGUGCAACUCUGUAAUUAAUCCCAUCAUUUACGCCUUCAGAAACCCCGACAUGCAGAAAUCUCUCUGGCUGGCUUGCUGCGGUUGUGUUCCUUCUAAUUUCUCCUUGAGACCAAGGACGUCAAGUGAUGUAUAGGUUCACAUUUUUGUGUUCAACAUCAAGAUUUCAUCAAUAGUACCUUCCCCGAGGAUAUUCUUGUGCUCUGUGGUGCAAACUAUGCAUUGCCAAAAAAAGGUGAGAUUCUCAAGAAAUAACACGGUGUAAAUUCAGUAAAAUAAGCAUACCAUUACGAUUGUACUUAAGGUAACAGGUCCAUGGUUUUAAGGGAGCGUUAUUAAUGCGUUGGAAAUACUGUAAAUGAACAUAAAAAAAUGCACUCUUGCCGAUACAGUUAUUAAGCUAUUACAAAACUUAAUUUCCCGACCGGGGGUUCCCUUCCGUUGUUUCUGAUAAGAAUUUCGCAAAAUCCAGGUGUAUAGAAUUAGAAACUGCACAUAUCCGUUCUGCUUAGGUGAGUGCACCUCGGGAGUUUCCAUUAACGGAAAUCAUCCAUUUGUGUGGCAUUUUUCUGUCUCAGACAUAUAUUACAUAUCGAUAGUACAAAGUACACAUUGGCACCAUUGCCAGAAUAUUCGCCAUUUUUAUUUAUUAAUAUUCAGGAUGACAGGGUGACCUUUCAAUUCAAUCUGUGGUUUUUGUCAUCCAAAUAUAUAUAUAUAUGGCAAAACUGAAGAUUUGAAAAAAAUUAAAAAGAUACGCAAUCUAAGAGUUAGGUGAAUCUGAAAGAUGGAUCAGGCGUCGAUCUAUUUAUAAAUGUGUCCCAGAAUCUAACUAUAGUUUAAUACAUAUGAUAUAUACAUCAGUAAUAGCUCCCAUUGAACAAACGGAAUAUCUGACCUGCUGUUAUUAAUCGUUUAUGCUUUUUGAACAUUGUAAACAGUGUAAAUACUGUUUAUUCAAAGGUUGCAGAACUGUCUGAUAAAUGCAUAACAUGAGCUGUAUUCCACUGUCCCAUUCUGCGUAGUUAUACAGUACACAGUACUUUUACUCGAUUUCAGCACCAUGGACAGCAACAAACUGAUUUAAGGUUUUGAACUUGCUAUUCCUGCCAUUUAACUUUCUCUAAAUGCGUAUACACAAAUCGCUUUUUUACACUUGAUUGUCCUUGUUGACUGGCAAAUUCUUUUUUUUUUUGUCAGUUCCCAUACUUAGGCAGUGCCAUGGUUUUGGAAGAUUAAUUCUUGGGUACUUGAAAGGCUUAUGGCCAGCGACAAAAUUUAAUAUUUUUUAAAACAAGAGAUUAAUGGAGCGACUGGCAAUCAGUUCAAUAAAACUAGACAAAUGGCAGAGCUUUUCGUAUCCCACUGAUGUACAAUUUUGACAAUGCAUUGAAAAUUAUAUUUUCAUUUAGUUAAGGUGUACUUUUCUUCAAAGGAGCUAUAAGGUAAUUAAAACAAUGAAAUACAAUCUGUUUUCAAUUGAAUGCUGAUUUUUGUAUCUUUUCAAGAUUGUUAUGGAACCGCACUUCUGAUAAUGCCCAAAUUGUGUUGAUAAAAUCAAUAUCAACUGCAGAAGCCAUUAAAUUCAUAUGAAUAAAGAUUGUGAUAUAUAACUGCUUAACAUUUCAAGUAAAGAGGUUCUUAGCAUGCUGACCAUUCAAUUAAUGUCACUGUUAGCCUGCAGCAGAUGACUGCAUAGAUAUUCUAUUGGUUUUCAUCAGUUUUACUAAAUGUUUACAUUGAUAGUAAUUAUAUAUAUAUUCUUGCAAUGGAAUGGACUGGAAGAUGAUUGUUGAGAUCACUGAAGCUUCACUUGUUUCCUUUUCUGACAUUUUGUGUUUCAGAAUUUUCAUUCAUUGAUUGUAAAGUAAGGUUGGUGGGGAUGUAUUGUACAGUACAAUGAUGCAGUUCUUCUGUUUUUUGAGAAUCUAGUUCUGAAAGGCUAGAAGGCCUUCUAACUGUUGUUUUAUUUUGUGCCCCAAAAUGCUUUAUCAAAUUUCGCGAUGGAUGACAUGAUGACACAGUGGUUAGCAUUACUGCUUUGCUGUGCUGUGUUCCUGAGUUUAAUUCUGGACCUGCGGAGAUAUCUGUAUAGAGUUUCCAUACAGAUUUACUGUAUGGUUCUGUGCAUGUUUGUGUGGGUUUCCACUGAGUGCCCCCCACAUUUCAAAGACAUACAGACAGGCUAACUGGUUUCUGGGAAAAUUGGCCCUGGUAUGAGUCUGUGCAUGUUUGUCUGUGUGUGCUGGAUUGGACAUGUAGUUCAGCUGCCUUGCUCCUGUCAAUUGCUAGGAGAGGAUCUGGCUCCUGUAUUGGAUAAAGCAGUUAGAAAAUAGAGAGGCGUACAGUAAAUCUUUUGAAUGAAGUUUUUUUUAAAGAAACCAGUGAAACAAACUGUACUGUUAUCACUGGAAAUACAAGUGAUAUGACAUCAGACUAAAUCUAUAUCAGUAGUUGUUCAUCAGUUUUACUGCAAGAAUAUAUGCAGCUUCUCCAUAGGAUAUAUGGAGUGCUUAUUUGAAAAGAAGUGCUGUAUUUUACUGAGGUUUAUAAAAACUCCAAAAUUAAAGAAAAAAACCUCCAAAUGUAAGUGUUUUGGAAACUAACAGAUGUCUUUCAGUGCAUUUUGUAACAAAUCAAGGACUUCGUUAAAGUGUGUCUUAUAAUCCUGCACUUAAUAAAAAGCACUACUGAUGUCAAGAAUGUGAUUUUUAUAUCCUAGUAAUCAGGGAGCCAAGCUUUGGUUACAGUUAUAUGGUCAUCUAGUUUUCAUUAUACCUUAAUUAUGAAUUUUGUUUUCUUUAAUUAUUGAUAUAUUUACAGAGGUUUUUCUCCCUUUGCCCAUAUGUAAACCAGGAAAGUAUUUGAAGAGACAUAGGAAAUGUACUCUGCUACAGUUCUUUAUGACCAAAGGCAUAACAUGAAAUUGAAUGAUCAGCAUGUGGAUUUUCUCUCUGCACUUUUAUGUAAAUAAUUUGUGUUGAUUUCUUUAUGUACAUACAUUGAUGAGGACUCUACAAUUGACAUAUUAUACAAAAACAUCUCAACCUUACAUUAUAUUCUUCUUCUUCUGCAGCUGAGAUACAUAAGGACUUUGGUCCUGUUAUUUUGUUUAUUUUUCUUGUUUUGGUGUUUGGUUUCCAAGGCUACCAUAAAUAGUCAAGAUAAUCCUAAAAUAAAUACUAAAACAAUGCUGUUACCAAAAACUUGACUCCUGUGAAAAUGGCGCAUAUGAGCUAAUGUAAAAUAAAUAAUUUAAUAGUUUUGUAUUUUGGAAACUUUUUAAAGUCAUCUUUUUUGUAUUUUGAGCAGCAAAUCAAAUUAAUAUUAUGCAAACAAUUGGGUCACAUGAAGUCUCUUCUCUAUUGUUUAGUGAAUUACCACCUUAGUUUUGACAAAGAAUCUGUUGAGAUUUUGGCCUUACCUAAGCAUGACUGCAAUAAUGUGUGAUGUGUUUUUGUGCUGUUCAUUAAUAUUACUUAAGAGCUAAAAUGAAAUUUGUCUUCACUUGAGGCCUUAGGCUGCUUUCAACAUAUGCCUAAAUUAUCUUAAAUAUAUAUAUAUAUUCUGAAGUCAAGCUCUCUGUUCUUAAAAAAUGUUGACAGCUGCAAUGAAAAAAUAAAAUGUGAUCCUUUCAAAUAAUGCUGAUAGGAGAUAAAUUCACAAUAGAAACAAAGCUACAUAGGGUAGACUAGUGCAGAUAUGUGAUUUAUUUUUAUUUUACGCCUUGUAGGCUGAAUUAAUUGAACAGUGUUCUAGUGUAUGUGCAACAGUACCUGCCAAGCACAUUUGAGUGACUGACCUAAAGUGAUGUCCUUGUGGAUACUGUAUGUGUAUGUUUGUUGUCUAAUGAUGCACUUUUAGGUAUGCAUUCUACAGCAUAAAUCAACCUUAAGAAAUCAUGCAUAAACAAUUGGCACAUCUAAGGAACAUGUUGCAUUUCAUUAAGUCAGUGUAAUUUUCUCAGGUUUUAACUGCAGUAACAAAGUGAGUUUCUCAGAUUUAAACUGGUGAAAAUAAAACUGCAUCAUUUAUUCGGUUUAUUACUUUCAUAGUACGGUCAGUAAAAAGAGACCCACAAGACAUUUUGUACCUGAGCUCACUUAUCUAAUAAAAUUAAUUAUUCACUUUCUAUCCAGGUUAAGCAACUUGUGAUGUAAAAAGACUUGUAAUUCCUGCUGCAAUGCAGUUCACAUGAGAAUUAUAACAAUCUGUGGGCUCUGAAACAAUUUCUCAUUUACUACAAAAGAACUACUGAACUUGUAUCCCCUCUAAUUCACUCCAUUGAAACAUUUGGUAAAGUAAUGGUACAGAUUACGCUAUGUGUAUUGGCAAACCCUGCUUUAUGAUGUGGUAUUCUUAGCACAUUACACUACUGUGUACCAAACAAACAGUCUGACUGCAUUCAUAUCUGAAGGCUUUUAAUCAGUGGAGUGUUUCAAAAAUACCAUCUCUAUGACCUCAUAGUUUAAAGCACACUGUAUAUAAUGAUAAUGGCAAAAUACAAUGUUUUAAUUCAUUUCAUUAAGGAAACAAAUGAUGACAAGUUAAACUUGUUUGACUUAAUUUCAUUAUCCAUUUAAGCUAUACAAAUUGAACACACACAUACACAGUAUAAAGUAUAUAUACUGUACAUUUCCCAAAGCGUUUGUUUCUGUAAGCACAGUGGAAAUUUUCUAAUUGAAAAAGCCUUCGUAAAAUCAUAGGUAAAACCACUUCUUCUUAGAAUGAAAUUCUAAAGAACAAAAGAAAAAUAGCUGAAUUGUUUUUUGGGUCUCUUCUACUUGCCCGUUCCUAUCGCUCCAAUACAGCAGCUCACUUGUAUCCCGAGAAAUGAAAGGUGUUUCAGUAAUAUGAAACUUGCCAGCUGUAGAAAGGUGUUAAUUCAAGGGUUUAAGCAACUAAAAUUUCAGGCCUACAAAAUUGGGGAGGGCAACAUCUUGAACAGUUGUUAAACAAGAUUGUCUCACCAGUAUUGUUCAUUUUUUUAGAACAAAAUUGAGAUUGGUUUGAUUUCCAACAAUGGCUGCUUGAAUGUGUUUUAUUUUUGUAAAAUUGUACAAGAACUGUGACCUAAUGUCUUACAUUAAGGUUCAAAUGUGUAGGAAAAGAUGUGUGUGGUCUGCUUCAGUCAUUUGUCUCUGUUCCCUUGAAAGCAACACAUGAAAAAUAUUAAUGUUCUAUUGCCAAUGUGUAUUGUGUUGUAAUUAAUUAGAUAAUGCUAUAGGGUGCAUCAAUUUUCCAUUCCAGGGACUGGGUUUGUUUUCUUAUGCAAUCCUGUAAUAUACGAAAUCUAUAUUUUUGUAUCAACCACAAUGAUCUGAGUUACUGUGUUUUUUUCUGUGUUAUUUAUUUUAAAUCUGUCAAGACAUUUUCUUCAAUAACUGAUGGAGUAUUUCAAGUGCCAUUUUUAAGUGUAUUGUUUAUGUAAUUUGUGAUUGAUUGCACUUGAGAGUUUAAAGUCAUUGUGCCACUUUUCAACUAAAUGAAACAGCUAAAUGGACAUCUGUUCUGAAAGAUCAAUUGGGUACAGUAUGUGGAAGGAUUCAGUAUUUUAUCCCCUCUGUCUACUGUGCAGAAAAAGGUGGUGGAUUCAAUUUUGGCAAGCUGCAUAUUGUAACCAGUAAAUUCUUAAUUAGAAAGCUUCCUUAUUCAUAACUUUGGAAGCCAUGGUUUUCUCUAUUUGAUUAAUUUCGUAUUUAAAGAGCUGGUUUGUACACUAUAUUAUAGACAUAAUGUACUGUAGAUAUUUACAAAGCAAUUCCCAGUAGUUGUUAACACUUAUGCUUCCAUUUGCCAUGCUAGGUAUGCUGGAAAAUAAAGUCCAGAACACAUUUUUGAAUUUUUCUUUUUUGCUGGUGGAAAUGGCUUCAUGUUGAAGUCCCCCAACCAGAAGGAAAGCAUUUGCUGUAGUAUCACAUCCGGUAACAAUUCCUUUUAGUCAAGUAUUGACCAUCCCUGUAGUUGCUACUGUGUACUGUGUGUUCAUACGCAUUGUAAAUAACUACAGAAAAUGUACAAUAAAAGUUGGCUUAUAUCAGGCUGACCUGCAAGUCAUCUCAGAGGCACCCAGUGUAAGUCCAUGGUCAAUUCAAGCCUUUUACUUGUACUGCUAAUCUCACUAGCUUGGACACCUUGCAUCGCAGAGAGCCCUGUGCCAUUGCUCUUUACUCCCAUUCGCAACUACAGUUCACCCUCAGUUUAAUGGACUACCAGGGAGAAGGGAUAUUGGUGAAUGUCCAUUAAAUCAUGAAUGACAUUUUUUCAGUCCAAAAACACACUGUUUAAACAGUAUAAGCUUUCAGGAUCUUUUGACUAAUUAUUUGCAAAAAACACAAUGAAAAUUGUUUCUGUGCCUCGUAUCAUAAAUAUACAAGCUCUGUAUUUCAUGUAUCAUAAAUACACUGUAUAAAAUGUGCUAAGGCAUAUGGAACAUAAAUAACACCCAUUGUAAACCAUUGACCUACCCGUAGAGGAGUCCAUUGAUAUUCCUGAAUUUUAAAACAACAGAAUGUGUUGUUUAUUUUUAUUUUGUUUUAUUAUUUGUGCGUUUUAUUGUACAUGUGGGAAAAGUCCUGUAUUUCUGAUUUUACAGACACAAUUCUCUGUUAGCAGAUUUUGUCCAUUAAAUCUGAAGUCCAUCAAGCCGAGGGUUUACUACUGUAUGUUGAAGUUACAGCCUAUACAUUAGACACACAUAAUGUAAAUGAGGUUGUGCCUUUUGUCUUACAUAAAGCCACAAUAUGCUCAGAAAUCAGCAAAUUUUCAACGAAAUCCAUUUUGGCACAGAGGGUGAGUGUGUCCCUGAAUGUGGGUUCACUGCUGGAGGGGUUGAGGACAGGCUUCCUGUACCUAUUUGCGAUUUAGUUCUGGUGAUUGGAUAGACUAUGACAUGGCUGACCACUAAAGUUAUUGUCUGUUUCCAGUGUACCCAAUCUCCGUAUGAAUAUGCUGUGUAUCAAAACAGAAAUAAUGUAUAACAUUUUCCCAAGGCUUAAUAUAAAUAAAAUAAAACUUUCAGACAUUAUAAAAUGCCAUGGGGUGAUGCCACACAAGCCAGCAUUUAAACAGAAAAUGUUUAAUGAUUUCCAUUUUUGUAUCUUUGAUUGCAAGUGAUUUCCUUUGAGAGAAUAUUCAAGACAUCCCUUCAUAAUUGGUGGUUAUAGAGUCUGCAGUCUUCCAUUUUGCCAUUGUGCUUUUUUGUAGAAAAAGUAGAGGAUGUUUUUUUUUUCCGCAAAUAGCCCGUUCUACUGGAAGUUUGCUGAGAAUAAAUGUAAAUAUUCUAAAAACAAAUAAAUAUUAUUAAUUAAAAUUCCCUCAUUUGCCAAAUAACACUGAACUUUCAAUCUUUUUCCCUGGUAAACAAUAUGCUAUUUAUUACUGGAUUGAGUAAUACGGUAGUUGUUGUUGGUUUUAGAUUGAAUCCAUCCCAAGAGUAAAAUACCUUUUCAGCAAUGGCAUUAUGAUACAGUACAUUAUCUUAAAAACAUUGGUCACUGAGAUUAAUUAUUGUAACAAUGUGACCUUUUUCUACAAUUCAUCGAAAUAUGUGCCCCCUGCCCUUAUUAACAAGACUUUUUCCUCUCUAAGACUACAUUUCUUUACAGGGCUUGUUUUGUUUUCACUUUGUCGUAAUUUUGUUUUCCAAAAUGCAUCACGUAUCUUCUCGUCUUUCACAAGAAAAUACCAGCAUUGUUCAGUGAUCUUUUAGUUUUAUUUUUUAAUGUUAAACCAUUGGGUUGGGCUUUAUUUCUAAAGCGUGGUGCUAUAUAAUUUAAAUUUUAAAACAGAUAUAGUCUGGUGUAAUUCCUUCUUUAUUUCUUAAUUGAAAGCAACAAAUAGAAAAGAAAUAGGAAGGUGGCAUGGUCUUUUGCACUGAUUCCUUACAGCUCCCGAAAGGACAAUGACUCCUUCUGUAUCAAAGACAGCUGGACAGGUUUAUUGGUGUGCUUCUAAAGUAUGUAUGAGCCCUGAAAUGGAUCAUUGUCCGUGGUGUUGUUUCACCUUAAACCUUAUGAUUCUUGAGUAUGAUUUAUACCCCACCUGGAAUUAGCAACUUUCUGAUAAUUGAUAAAUAAAUAACAUCCUGAAAAUGCUUGAGCUUAAUUUUGGAUGAAAGUCAUUCUUUCAUAGGAUAGGUUGUGAACAAAAUAGUCCAGUAUUUUUCAAUGUACUGUAGUCAGUUUUAACUGAUGCUAUGGCUACUUACAAAAUAAUGCCAUUUUACUUUUACUUUUUUGUACCAUGGAAAUUCUUUCUGAUGACAAGUACAAAUGCACUUUACAAAAAAAGGGACAUGCUACUUCUUGCACUGUAAGUGUUGAAUGUAUUCCUUGCGGAAAAUAAUUUAUUUUUAUUACUGUGGAUAGAAAAAGAUGAAAACUGUCAACACAGAAAUAAAAGCAGU